AUGUUCCGUUUGGCCAGCCCGCGUAUAUUGAAUCCGCUCCGGCUUGGGGCCGGUCUGAGAUUCAACUCCAGCGGCUCACUAUUUAAUGAGGUCAGUUCUGCGCCGGCCACUCCGCAACCUGUCGAGAACGAGCCCGCUGCAAAAAUCACAAGCCCGGCACAAGACGCCAAACUCCAGGCUUAUUUGCAUCCUUCUCCCUUUCUCGCUGUCGAGUCUCUGAUCUCUCCGCUCAAGCGCGAACUUUACAACAUGAACGUCCAGAAGAACGGCUUUUUCAUCAACAACCAGAUUAUGAAGCUCGAUGGGGCCGAGUACAAGUUGAGUCUCACCAGGCAGGAAAUGGAGGCUCUUGAGCCUUCUGUCUACCUGGCAUCGUACAGAAUCAAGUCUUCGGUCAAGAAGACCAACAUCGUGCUGCGUGCUCUGAAAAAUAUGCCUCUGAAAAAGGCCAUCACCCAGCUCCAUUUCAUGCAGAAGAAAGUGGCCAGACCACUUGGAGAGCUGCUUGAGCGCGGUGUUGACGACGCCAAGAGAAUGGGAUACAACCCCAACGAUCUGUAUGUGGCAGAAUCCUGGGUCCACACCGAUGGACAGUGGCAGAAACGGCCAGAGUUCAAGGGCCGUGGACGGUCUGGUAUUAUAUUGCACCGCUACGUCAGCGUGCGCUUCUUGCUCAAGUCAAAACAGACGCUGAACAGAUUAAAGUACGAGGAGGAGCAGAAACUGCUCAAACGUCCAGUCUGGAACAAUAUCACAAAGACCAAGCUGAUUGGUGACAGUGGGCAGUAUAAGUGGUGA